UUUGCUUCCUUGUUUUGCUCAGCAUAGCAUUGUUCCAGAGCCAUACGUGGGCCGUCGGGGCUUGAUUGUAUCCGCCGUCCAGCUACCGCACAGCUAUUUUUGUCUGUAGAAUAUGCUGAAGUACGGAGUCCUCAGAAAUGUGCCUUUUGGAUGGGCCUCGGGUGGAAACUUAACUACAUUGUGCCCCAACGGGUCCAAAUGGGUCUGGGAAGGUCUUGGAGAAUGUGCCCAGGAUGCAAGGGACAUGGCCAGCAUCUAUUUGGGCCUCCUGUCUAUCUUCUGCUUCAUGAUGUCCUCACUGCCGCAGUACUACAGCUCGUGCAAAAUGGGGAAUAUGGACAGGGCGCUCUCCAUUUGGUUUCUGCUGCUGUGGUUGGGAGGUGACACCUGCAACCUGGUGGGGUCCUUUUUAGCAGAUCAGCUUCCGCUUCAGACGUACACUGCAGUUUAUUAUGUUCUGGCGGACUUGUUGAUGUUAUCCAUGUAUUUAUACUACAAGAUGAAGAACAAAAUGGUUGAAAACAGGAGGGUUUUGCACGUGAUGGGUUUGACAUGCGUCCUGGGCGUCACGACGAGCUUCGCCAACCUUCCAGGGUGGCUCGCUCACCAGCAGGAAGCGAUGCCCUCGGCAUACAGGGGCCGCACGCUGCUCUCAAGCGCGGAUGUUGGCGGGUCUUUCACCCCCAAAGAAAUCAUCGGCUUCUCCAUUGGCUCCGUAUCAUCAGUGCUCUACCUGUUUUCCAGACUUCCUCAAAUUUACACUAAUUUCAAGAGGAAGUCAACCGAGGGGGUGUCUUUCUUCCUGUUUGCUCUGGUAAUCCUCGGAAACACUACAUAUGGCCUGAGUGUGCUGCUGAAGAACCCUGACCAGGGUCAAGGAGAGAACAGCUACGUGAUCCAUCACCUGCCCUGGCUCAUCGGAAGCCUCGGAACGCUCGUCUUGGACCUCUUUAUCUCCGUGCAGUUCAUUAGCUACCGUAAAGCUUCAGACCGGCUGGACUCCAGCAGCUCGGAGACGACGCCUCUGAUGGGGAGCUAGAACGUUCCACAAACCACUCCUCAGCCAUUCAACGCCUCACGGAAAAUCACCAAAUCAGGAUAAAGUACAUUUCAUUUUGUUUUAAUUGUAUAGUUGUAUUUAUUUCACUCCCCAUUUCAGGUAAAUGCUCUUUUAAAUAUUGCAGACGGAUUAUGCAUUGUUCUGGUACAGUUUUAAAGGCAAUGGCGAAGAACUCUUGCGUGGAAGCUUUUCUUGGGAGUUGUUUUUUUUCGCUAACAAGUUGCCAAAGCGCUGCUGCAUGAAGAUCUCUGGUCUCGUUUACAGUGCAACUGUAGCUUGAAUAUUGACUUCAUUGGUUGUUUUUCUGCUCUUAAAUGUAGAAAUUUUACAUUGUAAGGGAAUCGGUAAAAAAAAAAAAAAAAAAAAAGGUGCUUUUUGUUUUUGUGUAUUUUAAGCGCAUUUUAAUUUCAAGUUUCUUUGUUUUUAUUGACUUUGUACUUAGUUUUACAUACAGACACCAUGACCAGUUUUAUUUCGGUGAUGUUGCAUGCCACGUAAACUGUUAUACACAAAAUUAUGCAUGUUUAAUUUAUAGUUUUAGUCAACAUUCUCACGUAAUUUUUGCACACAUUUUUUUGUACUUUUUUUUCGGGGGGGGGAGUGUCAUUGGGUCAGUGUACUGUUAAAAAAAAAAUAAACUAAAAUGGAAACUAUUUAGUUCUGCUUGCUGUUCAUUUUCUUUUAUUUUGAUAUGAAUAUUAUGAACGAUUAUCCUUGUUCUGUGUUGUUUUCCCUUCAUUAGCUACCUCACGGUGACCUCUUCAAACAUGCACUUUGCCACCAAGCAACCACACACACACAUACAAAGCUCAAGGGCCCACCCGCUUCGGGUGUAAGGUCAAUGUAAAAAUGAGGCCUCUGUGUGCGCGCGUGUGAACGGUUCUGAAACAGUGGCAGAAAAGAUUGCGAUGGCUGUUUUUUUGUGAGUGAGGGGAAGUGCCCAUCCAUCACCAAGGAUGAACGGAGGCAAUUUAUAAACACAACUCUUGUGGGAAUUUUUUAAUGAGAUGUUUUCAGCCAAUACAAACUGGAGAGAAAUCUUGUGAGCCCCCCACCCCCUCAUACCAAACAAAAUAAAUAAAUGUAGAUCUACCGCAUGUGUUUUAAUGCAGCAUUGGGGCAAAUUGGCCGUGCCAGUGGUGUUUUCAUACACAGGGCCACCCGAUCACUUGCUCUUCCUUUUUUUUUUUGGUUUCCUUCCUCCGGUACAGGUUGAAAUUUGCUUUGUGUGACCGUUGAGUCUGAUUCCACACCACCGUUUUUCCAAAUUUUGUACCAAAUUUGUUUCUGUUGGACUUGUAACCUAAACAGACAACUGAAAUCCAAUGUUAUUGAGAAAUAUUCAGAUUGUGUUCACGGGAAUCAAGUGCUACAGUUCUGUUCA